AUGUGUGAGCUUACAAUAAAAGAAGUAAAACAAUUUCGCACGGUGGAUUUGCGUGAUUUUGCGUAUCCUGAUGGUCAAAACGCAAUGCCUCGAAUACGCUCAACGUAUCGAGACAUUCACAUUUCUUCUCUCGUAAGCUCGCGUGCAAUUGCGACGCUUAGUCCUCGUCAUCCGAGAUACCAAUGA